UGCCUGUCAUUUUCCAAGUGCAUGUGUUUGUUUGUGUGUCCAUUAUUCCAUAAUUUAUCUACUCAAGUUGUUCCUAUGCAAUACGUACCUAAAAUGUCAAAUUUUAUUGAAAUAAAAAAUGUAUGGUUUCAGGCAUGUUUGCGUUUUUGGAGCUGCUGACAUUUUUCCUGACUCUUUGAAGCUGGAGCAAGUACACCUACCUAAAACCUGCGUGUUUUUGUGUCGUAUGUAUAACACACACAUCCAUACUUGGCACAAUAUACCUGUACGGCGAGGGAGAGAAAGAGAGCAAAAGAGACGCAACGCGUUGAUAUAUAUACCCCUGUUCGCCGCCUGUGGAGAGGAGAGGAGCGGUGGGCUCCGUCUCUCUCUUUCACUCGGAGCAGAGAGAGCUGGUGAUCGCUACUUUGCGCACGGAGAGGGGCAGAGAAAGGAGAGAAAGGGAGAGGCUCCUUCGCGCGCUCCGCCGCUUGCCUCCCGCUCGAGAAGAUGGCUUCCAGCGGCGCCAGUAGCACCAGCAACGCAGCAGCAGUAGCCUCGACGCUGCAGCAGCUGACCAACUCCUGUCACAGUUCCACCACUGGCAAUUCCUUUGAUUUUGGCAACUUGGCUUCGGCGUCGAGCCCCGAGGUGCCCCAGUGGAAGCUCGAGUUGAUCCAGCGCCGCCGUCAGCAGCAACUACAUCAAGCCGGCAAGCUUGUUACCGAGACCAGGUCGACGUCCAACUUUACCACCUCCACUACCACCACUACCGCUACUGCUAUCGAUAGCAACGAUGCCGCAACAGCAGCGGCGGCAGUAGUAGUGGCAGCAGUUCAUCAGUGCGGGACUCAUGGUGGGGUCGGCUUAGCCAGUAGCUCCGACGUUGUUAACAGCUGCACCUGCGUCAGAAAUACAGUUGCCGUAGCGAGCUCGGGCGACGAUGCCACGACGCUGUUAGACGCUAGAUAUCGCUCCUGUUCGACCCCCGUAACAGUGACAGUAGUAUCAACAACAACAACAACAACAACAACACCAACCAGCCCAACAAUGCGCUUCGAAGCGACAGACGCGGCUCCGCUGGCAGCCAUCGUCGUCGAGGCAGACGAGUUUAACGGGAGGCCCAAGUGCCGGCCGGGCAAGGAAAUGCUCGACAUCGUCGAGCUCGCCAAGAUAGCCAAGCAGCAGCAUCACCGCCACCACCACCAUCAGGACGACGGCGAGAGCGACAGCUCCGAGGAGCUCCAGUAUGGCCCAGGUAUUGUAGACAAGCUUAGGAGCAAGUACCUCAACAUGACGCUCAAGGAGAUGAACAAAAACAGAGCGAGCGUCCAGGCGUUCAGGAGGGCGGCCAGUCUCGAGGAUCUGCUCGACCACAAGGACGAGUCAGCGGAAAAGACCAGGAGGUACGCCAAAAAGAACGUCACGGGGACAGCUGCCAAGGUCGAGAGGUACAGAAACGCGGCCAGGGGCAACGAAACCAUGAAGAGGGCCAGAAGCGUGGAGACCCUAAUGAGGUGCAACUCUUCCACCGAGGAGAACCACCAGAAUCAGCAAACCAAUAAGCUCGUGUUGUCCAAUGUUUUCAAGCAGGAGAACGAUCACAUUAUCCUGGUGGACAGGACCACUGUUAAAAUUGAGAAUCGUCUUUUGGACAAGGAUAGACUGAAACCUGUCAACAAGCCCAAGAGAAUAAAGCCCGUGUUGGCUGAAACGGAGAGACCACCACCGGAUCUAGUCAAAACUACUAUGCGCAUUUUUGAAAGUUCAUCAGUGAAAAAGUUAAAGCCAAAGGGUGAAGUUGCUGUUAAAAUUGCCACCUUCAAGACUAUAAAUGACACUUUCAAGGCCCAAAACCAAAAGAAAAUCAUUCCAAAGCCACCCCUACAGCCCAAGCCCUUUGUCAAUGGAAACGCGAAACUCACGACUUCACCACGUAAGAUAAUACUCACAAGAAAGCCCACCGCAGAGUUGAUAGAGCAAAAUAGUCAAGAGUCUUAUCACAACGAUGGCGUCGUAACGGAACCCAUAAUUUCGUCGGUUUCUCUGGUGGUCAGUAAAUUUCAGCAGAUCGAAAGGUCUUACUCUCCGUCGUCUUCUCCGGAACCAAGUAAAGUAAGGUUUUCGCCAAUACCAAGCCCAGAGCCUUCAGCAGUAAGGGCAAAAGUGUCUUCUCUAGAUCUUAAAUCGUCGCCCACUGGUAACAUGCCACCAAUUCCAUCACCAAGGACCACACCGCCAAAGCUUCAAUCUCCGUUGUCUCCAAGGACAGAAGCCAACGCCAAGCAGCCUUCCAUUUUUGUACAAAAGUCAAAUUCUACUCCACUGACGAGUAAGUACGAGCAGUCCAAGUUGUCAUCACCCCUGUCUUCUGAAGUGCCCAAAAUAGACUUUGAGCAGAACAAGGACGAGCCUUCCGAGGAGCAGGUAAAAGAGACAGUGUUAGAAUUAAAUAAUCAAAACAGCGUGGAGACAGUAAACACGAGUGAUGUGGCAAAGUUAAGUGACUCGGCUUCAUCCUUGGACUCAACUCUUCUGGUUGAGAGUUUCGACGAGGUGGUCGAGGUGGUCGACAGUCCCAGAACAGUGUCAAAGUCCGCCCUCGACAACAUAAGCAAGGCAGGCAUGACAGUGCAGUUCAGUUUCAAUGACAGUCCAUCCAUAAAAAGUUACCUGCCCAGACCUGUGGCGUCCACUCCCAAUGAAUCGGUGGAGGCCUCCUUCGAGUGCGAGCUCGCGUCACCCAAGCUAGUCGAGUGCUGCGCCAGGCUAAAAUCACCUUCCGCGGAAAGUCCGAGUACGUCCAGCUUGUCCGAGUUGAACUCGACGACGUCCCUCGAAUCGCCCGUCAGAGCAGAGGCUGACGACAAAGCGAUCUUCAAAGAAGAUCCCCCGAAGGAUGGCGCUGAAACAAAGCCCAUCGGGGCGAUCUCGAGCCUGAGCCUCAUAAAAUCGACGACGACGACGACUUUCUCGCAAGGCAACGAAUCGAAAACCAUAAGGAGCCAGAAGCCUGAGUCAAACUCACCCCCUCAAAAGCAGAUAGGCAUCAUACGGCCGCUCGUGUCGACCAAGACCCAGUUGCCCCAGCAAAAUCUCAGCAACAGGGAGAUCGAGAAAAAUUUGAUAAACCGCGUGAAGAGCAUAGAACAGCAGCAGCAGCAGCCUACGAAAGUGGUGGUGAGUUUGAAAAGUGCCGAGGAAAUUCAACCUUCGGGCAAGAAGAACAACAACAGCAACAACAACUCGAGCGCCGGUCUGUGGGACUCGAAGCCGUGGAACCAGGCCAACAACACGAUGGUAUUCAACUUUAGCAACAGAAAGGACGUGCCGGACUACAUAGAGAACGACGGCUUGAUCAUCAAGAGGAAACGCGAGAAGCCAAGGCAACAACAACAGCAGCAGCAGCAGCAGUUGUACCAGUCCGUCGACAGCAGCGUUAUCGUGUCGAACAUCGAUUGCAUCCAGCUGACCGACGACUCGGACACGGAGUACUCGGCUGGACCGCCCUCCCCGUGCGACGUCGCCUUCUGCAACGACAAUAUCCUCAUCAACGGGCGCAGCAACCUAUCCAGAUCACCGCGAAACCACAAGCAUCGGAUCCAAUUCGACGACAUGGCGACGCGUACCUUCGAGUACCCGAGCGAGACCUCGAUGCUCGAGGCCGAGGGCGUCACGGGCGGGAGCAACAGUAGCAGCGGAGGCAGCAACGCGGACGCCGAGACUUCCGCUUCCGAGGACGUAGCGGCGGCGGCAUCGGGAGCUGCUCGGCCGAGCGGUACUUUGCCCUCUCUACUCGGCGGAGGAGGCCUGGCGAGCUAUACUCCGAGCAAAGUCGACCUGGCUUCGGAGGGCUUCGAGCUCGGCAUCACGCGAGCGAGCGUGUCUACGCUGGCCUCGCCGCAGACAACCAACGCGCCGACACCACACCAGCAGAGCGUCGACGACGAGGUUGACUACCUGAAGCCAUCGCAAGACCCCGGCACUUGGGGACAGGAGACGGCCGCGGAUAUGCUGUACUAGGGCUAGCUGCACGCGAUUCAGCUCAAAAUAAUUUGUGAGCCGUGAUUUUUUUUUUUUUUUUUUUUUUUGUAAAAUUAGGAAACAUUUUUU